AUGUCGCGAUACGGAUGGUCGCUCAGCCGCGAGCAGAGCUUCGGCGCCAUGUCGGGCGGUGUUCCAGAUGUCACAAACGAAGACUUUAGCUACAUCACCGCCCAGGACUUGGACGAUCCUCGAGUCGAAUAUACCGACACCCGCUUCUAUCCUCCUCGGCCGCGCUCCCGAGGACCUUCGGAGCCUGAAGACGACAUUUUGCUGAUCAAGCACAGGGGCGUGACUUAUCCAGCUCACUUUCCUGCUUACUCGAUCGGUGAUGGCAAGCUGUAUGUCAAGGACGUGCGGGAUCGCAUUGGCCUCCUGAUGGAUCUGUCGUCGCACACAACACGCCGAAUCAAACUGCUCUACAAGGGCAAGCAGCUCAAGGAGUCCAUGUACCCCGUCCGAGAAUAUGGAGUCAAGAACAAGAGCGAACUCAUGGCUGUCAUCCCCGACGCCGAGGACGACAACGGCGGCCGAUCGGAUGACGACAUGAUUAUUGUGGAUGAGCCCUCGCGAAACGAUAGCAAGUCCUCCAAGUCCAAGAGCAAGAAGAAGAAGAGCAAGAGAAAGGACAAGAACGAGGCCAGUUCUCCAACCAGCCCCAUCGACAGCGGCUCAAACGGCGAUGCGGCAAACGCAGUCUCGCCCACGGCCAUCAGCGCCGCGAUGAAGAAGCUGGACGACAUCUCCGACGACUUCCAUUCCAACUGGCUGCCGCUGUGCCGGGCCUAUAUCGAGUCGCCCCCCAAGGAUGCCAAGAAGCGAGACGAGGAGCACAGGAAGCUGUCCGAAUCCGUCAUGCAGCAAAUCAUUUUGAAGCUAGAUGGCGUUGAGACCGAGGGCGUUGAUGAGAUUCGCCAGAGACGAAAGGACCUUGUCCGACGAGUCCAGGAGGUUCUGAAGCAGCUGGAUACUGCCAAAGCAUCAUAA